UUUCUUGGCUUUUGGAUCGGGCAUUUUGGCCCGGCCCGUUUCUCUGUUUCUCUUGUACUCUGUCUCUGCAGAAGACUUAAAACACAAGCUUUCUUGCAUUUGCUGUCUCUCAGUGGCAUAGAUUUACCUCUGUGGAUUCUUGUCUGGGUGGUGCUUCCCUUUUUUGCAAAUGCUAGAUAUGGGUCUUAACAUCAACAGCCACAUUACCUUGAAUUGACAUUGACAUCCAUCCAACUUUUCUGGUAGUUGAGGAUGCAGAAGAGUUGCUAUAAUACUUCAUCACGUUCUCCCACUUUCUGUUUAGCAGCAGGGAAUCUGCAGCUAUUGAAGUUCCAAGAGAACAAUCAUUCAGAAUGUUAGGGAGCUCAAAGGAUGACUGUACUGAAGAGAUAUGUGCUGAGAUUGUUCAUAUCACUUAAGUACAUCACAGCAAAUGUUGUAGACCGAAACAACGGACGGAUUGUUGCAACAUCAUCAACAGUUGAACAUGCCAUCAAGAACUCAUUAGAGUGUGGCCGGUCUUGCAAUGCCAAGGCAGCAACCAUCGUUGGAGAGGUGUUAGCUAUGCGACUCAAGGUGGAGGGUCUUGAGCAAGGACAGGGAAGAGGGAUUCACGUUGAUGUAAACAAGGAGGUUGAGAAGAAAGGCUUUAAGAACAGGACCAAGGUCUGGGCUGUUGUCAAUGCCCUUAAGAACAAUGGAGUCAAGGUCGUUCUUGAAGAUAAUGAAGAUAAUCCAUCCCAGCCAAGUUACUGAUAUAUAAUACAUCUCUUCCCUUUUUAUAGUUUGACACUGAGUAAAAGGAAAACAAAAGUAAGCCUGUCGAAUCGACCUUAUGGAUGCAUGCAGUUGUUUCUCAUUCUUAAUUCAUUUUCAGCGGUCAUCCCUUCUUCAUAAUUAUCUGCAUCCAUCUGCUUGCAUUGCAGCAACCAACAUGCCCUUCCGGGCAACAGAUGCCUGAAUAGAAUCAGGAGCCGCAUUGAUUAAUCU